AUGGCGACCCAGGCAGCGCUGAUCGCCGAUACAAUUAUCGGCAUGAAGCGAGCGUUGCGCCGAGAGCGCGAAGAUGCCGGCCCCGACGACCCCAUAAUGCAGCCGACGAACCGUGGCAACAAAAUGCAUGCGAACGCGAAAUAUGUUCGUGAAGGCGCUUUGGGAUACAUCAAUGCCGAGGAUUUCUACAAAGAGAAAGUUGAACACGCCGGCUACACACGACACAUUCUCAGGCGGAAUCCAAUUCGCUAUGACUCUGAGGGCGAUGAACUGGAUGACGAGGAUGAAGAUUCUGAGGCCGAUGCCGCGGCGGCGGAAGAGAACCCUUUUUCAGGGAUCGCGCUGGAAAGUGACACCCCCUCCGAACUCCCGACCCAUCCUUCCAUGUCCCAACCCUACACCUCCCAGGCCCUCGAACAGAUGACAAAGGCUGUUGAGGAGAAACUGCGCCAGGAACGAGCGUUACUCUGGCGUGCCAGGAAUCUCCACCGUAACUUUCUUGGUGACGGUGGGUGGGAGCCCUGCGGUUUAUUAGAAACCCCAGAAGACCGCUACAUCUUUGAGCCUUGGGCUAGGCCUGGGGGCCAAUCGGAGCCUACCAACCAACAGAAGCAAAAUGGAUCGGUGCCACAAUCCGUGAAUGGAGAUCUCAAUGCGCAAGAUGACGCCUCUGCAAUGGCCCCAGCGAAGGAAUCGCAAAAAGCACCUAAUGAGACAUAUGAGCCGCCAGUGGCAGACAGUGACGUGGAUAUGGCCGAGAUUCCCAUUCAAUCUGCGGAAACGGCCGCGCAUGAGGAGGCACAGGAGCCUUUGAAGACACUUAAAUCCGAGGAGGCUGAUGCAGCAGUCGCUGAUCUUCCUCAGCACCCUGCCGACACUCUGGAACCGACUCUUGAAGCCGCCGACAAAAACACUGAUGCCGCGACUACUAGCCAGAACCUGGAGGAAAUGGAGACCUCCAAGGACGGUGAGAAGGGCGACGCGGAGCCUUCGGGCGCGGAUGCAAAUGACACCCAGGAGCAAGACGAAGAGAUGCACGAUGGCUCCUCUCCAGAGCCGCCCCGUCGAAUGACCACCCGUGCCCAGGCCAAUGCGAACAACCCCAACGAUGGUUCCCCUAUCUCCAACGCCGACACGGCCAGCACACUUCCCGCUCCGCACUCGCUCUUUAUGCUCCCAGAGAGUGUUCGCCCGGAUCGGAAUUAUGGCCUACCUGCCUCCGAGGCCGAGGAGACUCGCCGUCUUCUCUGGUCCUAUAUCCAGAAACAAGAAGAAACAGUGCGCGGGUUCGAGCACAUGCUCGAUACUCUACUUCGGGCUAAGCACAUGAAAUCUGAUGCGCUGGAGUGGUGCAAGGCGGAAGGCCACGUCGGCGAAAUGAGCGACGGCGAAGACUGGUAUGAUCGUGAGAAAUGGGGUCUGGCUGAAGGUGAAGAUCUCAAGAAAGGAACCGACGAAGAUGAAGUGGAGACUGUCGACGAGAGUCGGACGACGGCGAAGAGAGGCCGUGGGCGGCGGCAGUAG